GGUAAACUUUAUUGUCGGUAGAGAACAUGACGUAAUUUCUCAACAAAAGUAGGCGACUUUUGCUGUUUUGGUCCAGUUUUAGCCAUCGGAGAAAUCAAUAAACACAACAGCAACCUACAGUUUUUCAGUUUUACAGUUGGACAUUUCUCCAUUUCAGGGGGAUGGAGGAAGCUAAACAAGAUGCAUUCGACAAUGCCAGACUUGAAGUGAUUAAAGAUGGAUACAAAAGAGCCUUUGAGUGUAUCAACAAAGCUCUGACAGCGGAUGAAGCUGGAAACAAGGCUGAGGCUCAAGAGCUCUACACAAAAGGGCAAAAACACCUUCUUAGGGCCAUCAGUGUUCCAUCACAAGGUGAGGAGUGCACCGGUAGCUCCUGGGAGUCAGCCCGGCAGAUGCAACAGAAAAUGCGGGAGACACUGGAAAACAUAACUACUCGUCUGGCCCGUCUAGAGACUAGCACUGAUUCUGGGUGUGUACCUUCAGUGAGCACCAGCAGCAAGUCUGGUGCAGUUUACCCAAAACUUCCAACCAAAGAAACCCCAGAGAGGCCUUCUCUACCAAACCUAGCCUUCACUAGAGGCCCAACUCACGGAGCUGUUGGAGGUUUACCUGCACAUAGUGGAGUGGGACAUCCUCUUUCACCUACCAGACAGCCUACCUGCCCAACUGAACAACCUCCAGUCUACACUCCUCAGGCAGAAAAUGGUCACUUGUCCAUUUCCUAUGGAACAGAAUCUGGGGAGAUGUCUUUGGUCGGGGAUGACUUUUACAGUCACACAUCUAACGCCUCACCGUCUCCACAGAGUAUUGGAGAAGAUGCAGAGGAGUUGCUGCACAUCCCUCAUGGUGUGCAGAUAUUCUUUGUCACACCUGAAGGCCAUGUAAGUGCUCCAUCUUACCCAGGUUACCUGAGGCUGGUUAGAUUUACCAAGGAUCACGCUGACAGCAUGACCAACCGACCUCCAGCUUUUCUGCAGGUUUGUGACUGGUUAUACCCCAUCAUGGCCAUGAACUCUCCAGUAUUACUGUGUAACACUGGCGUCUUUAUGUUUCCGGACAUGAUGGCACCAGCUCCUGGCUAUUACGUUGGUGUGGUGUUGUCAUCUGAGCUGCCUGCAGCAGACAGAGAACUGUUCCACGACUUCAUGUCCCAGAUGACAGACCUCAGGGUUCAGGCUCAAGAUGAAGCAGCAGCAUCCAUCGACCUUAGUCAGAAAGUGCCUAUCACAACACCUGAGGAGAUUGAACCAGCUGCCGCUGAGGAGGAUAAGGAUCUGCCCGAGUGGAGUGAAAAAGUGGCAAGUGGCAUCCUGACAGGUGCGUCCUGGUUGAGCUGGGGCCUGGUAAAAGGAGCUGAAUACACAGGCAAAGCCAUCCAUAAAGGGGCUUCCAAACUGAGAGAACACAUCACUCCCGAGGACAAACCCUCCAACGUCAGCCCCACCGUCUCCAAAGGUCUCCAUGUUGCUAAACAAGCCACAGGUGGAGCUGUCAAAGUCAGCCAAUUCUUAGUGGAUGGUGUGUGUGCUAUUGCUGGCUGUGUCGGUCGAGAGUUGGCUCCACACGUAAAACAUCAUGGAGGCAAACUGAUCCCAGAGUCAAUAAAGAAGGACAAAGACGGGCGUUCCAAUAUUGAUGGAGCUAUGGUGGUAGCUGCCAGUGGAGUUCAAGGCUUUGCAACCAUGUGGACUGGACUGGAGGUGGCAGCAAAGAACAUUGCUACAAGUGUAGCCUCAGAGACGGUCACCACUGUAAAACACAAAUUUAGGGGACUACAAAAUGUCCGUGACCCACAUAAUAUGGAGCCGCUGCAGGACAAGCCACCGACCACGCCGUCAAUUCCGCCAUCAAUGUGGGAAUCACUGCCUUCAACAUAGACAACCUAGGAGUCAAAGCUGUGGUCAAAAAGACGGGGAAGAGUACGGCCAAGGCCAUUCUGGAAGAUCAUACCAAGAAACUACAGGAGAAACAGGAGGAAAGAAAACAAGGAGAGAAAAAGAAGAAGUAGGAGACCGUAGAUUUUCUUCAACACCCCGCAAAGUAAUAAUACUUAAUAUAUAUUUAUUAACGUUUGUAUCAAAUGAUCUAUAUUCAAUAUGAAGGACUUCAUCUAAAAUGGACCAAUAUUUUUAUUCAUAUAAUUUCUAUCCUAGCUUAAUAUCACAAAGUGACAUAUUUAUUUAAAAUAUGGAGAAAGAUUCUAUUUACAAUUAAUCUAAAUUAUAUAAAUAAAUAGUUUAUUCAUUAAUCAUUUCUCAACCUUGGAAUUAAAGUUAUAUCUACUUUUGAUUAAAUCAUAAAGCGUUUGACUCAACACUGUAAUAUGUCCUAAGCCCACAAGGGGGCAAUUGUUGACAUUUUUGAAGUGACCUUCUACAGUAUACUUUUGAUCUCAGUAACGUGUUCUCACUCGGCAAACUCACAGUUGAAUACAGCUACAGCAGAUCAGGCUCAGUGGGCUGCGGUUCCAUUCAUGACCUUAACAAACCUGAGUGUGUUUGUAGUAUUAAAAUCUUUGUUAUCUAUUCUCAUUGGUUGAGGGGCUCGUACAGUUAAUUAUUAUUAUUAAUUAUUUUUGGUAAGAUGGCACCAAUUGGUUUAUAAUCUAAAAACAUACUGGAACAAAUACUGUAGGGAGAAGUUUUUGUUACACCUGGCUACAAACAUGUACACUGACAGAAGGACACAGCUUAAACAUAGCCUCAUCAGCCUUAAGAUACUUCUUACAUUUUCUUUUGAAUAAAGCCUCUCUAAUAAAAAAUAGACCCGUAAGGAUGUGAGCUGAUAUAGAGAGCUUUGGAAAACAGUUGAACCUUUUACAUUUCAGUCCAAUAACAAUUUCAGCAAAUAUGAAGUAUGGGUGGUUACAACAUUAUUUAACAACCCAGUUUUUACUACAAAUUUCAGACCACAAACAUUACAAAUAUUCAGUUUGUCGCUGCUACUGCCACAGCCCUUUAUACUUUACAUCUAUGGGCUGUUCUGUGUUAAUAAACUAUGCACUCUAACAUGCCUGUCUUUCAGCAGGGGUUUGAAUAAAGAGUGAAAUAUAAAUUAAUGUUAAAGAAGAGUUUAGUUUUGUUUUUAACUGUAUCAAACCGAGCUGCUCUGUAAUUUUCUCUGUAUGCAAAAUAUGAAGGAACCAUAGACUAAGAAAAUAUUGAAUGUAAACUUAAAAAAGUUUGAGUUUGAACUAUUCUAUAACCUGUGGAUUACUUUUGUUGGAUGAACACCCUGUCGAGUUGUCUGUUUAAUUACUUCUACAUAUGUCAUUACUAUUUAUAGAUUUGGACAUAAAACACUGGAUUUCACUGACAUUUAUGAAUGUGCAGGAUAAUGAGCAAAGAUAUAACUUUAAAACCAGAUGCAUGUUUAGAGUUUAUUGUUGAAAUUUUGUUUUGUCUUAUUUUCCUACUCAAGCUUUGAAUGUUCACGUCGUAAAACGUAAAUGUCUUAAGUGUUUUUCUGUUGACAUUUAUUUGCAAUCUUAAAUAAUUGGACUUUCACUAAUAAACAAAUAAAGAAUAAGCCUUUGAGAAUA